ACAAGUGUAUUAUAUGGAGAAGCGCGACUCGAACAGCAAGGCUAACUCCACCACCUUUUUAAAGAUGUUGAAUGACUUUAAAAUGAAGGAUCAACUGCGGAGUGAUACCAGUUCUUUGGAUGGUAAGAUCGGCGCCGACUGUCGACAGCAGGCCGUGUGUGAGGGCUGCGCGCAGAUCAUUUCAGACCGUUUCCUGAUGAGGGUCAAUGGCGCGUCCUGGCACCAGAAGUGCCUUCAGUGCGCUGCGUGCCAGCAACCGCUCACCGACACCUGCUACUUCAGAGACACAAAACCAUACUGCAAGAGCGACUACCAACAGUUGUUUGCUGUGGAAUGCAGCAACUGUCUUGGAAAGAUAGCGCCCACAGAGUUUGUUAUGCGAGCUCUGGACAGUGUUUACCAUCUCAGCUGCUUCUGCUGCUGUGUCUGCCAGCACCAACUGUGUAAAGGGGAUGAAUUUGUACUGAAAGAAGGUCAGCUGCUGUGCAAGACUGACUAUGAGAGAGAGAGGACCCUGUUCAAUACACUCAGUCCAGACAUCACAGACUCAGACAAGAGUGAAGAUGAGGAUUCGGAUGUGAAAUCAGAAAAAAUCCUAUUAGUCAGGAAAUGCAGCAAUGACAGCAAAGACCCUCUAAGGCCCAAACGCCCACGCACCAUCCUGACCACCCCGCAGCAGAGAGCCUUUAAGGCCUCUUUUGAGGUUUCUUCCAAACCCUGCAGAAAGGUAAGAGAGACCCUGGCUGCAGAGACUGGACUUAGUGUUCGUGUGGUCCAAGUCUGGUUCCAGAACCAGAGAGCAAAGAUGAAGAAGUUAGCCCGCAGACAACAGCAACAGCAGGAGCAACACAACAGCCAAAGGCUAGGCCAAGGUAUUGACUUCAUCCAUGACAUUGACAGUGAGACCUCUUUGACAAGUCUAAAUGAUUGCUUCAUGGCCACUCCAGAUGAAGCCUCUUUACAUGAAAGGGUGGGGAACACCAUUGACUGUCUUUACUCCAUGCAAAGCUCAUACUUCUUAAGACACAUCAUCAGUUUCAGUCCUUCUCAGCCCACCAUACCUCCUACCAGGCUGUGGACGGUGAGCCCACAAUAGUGCAGACAAAAGGCACAGAGUCUACUUGGCCAUAAGACACAAAACAGCAAGGAACUAAAUAUGACCAAGGCCAACCAAAUA